GCCCCCGCUCAUCCCCCGGUACCGGCCGCAAUCUCUCUUUCUCCUGGAGCUCGGUUCCCACGACAAUGGAUCCCAGAUCUGGCGCGUCGCCGCUCUUCGGCAUGACCGCAGUCGGCCCCCCGGCUGAUGUUGAUCUUUUCCCUUCGAUGCCUUCGGAAUCCUCCUGGGCCGACUUCGAGCAGAAGGUCCUCGAGGCUACGGCUUCCUUUUCCUCGAUGGCCGAGGCCUUUGGCGACGCGCCCUCACCAGCUGCCGGUUCCAGCUCCUCAACGACCGCGGCCCCGGCGCCAUUGGCUGGGGCCGAGCCGACCCCGCCCGUUGGUUCUGCCCUUUCUCCCUGCUCCCCCUCUUCCAAGCGCGAGCGUCCCCGGGAGGAUGGCGAAGAGGAGGCCUCCUCACCGCCGCCCAAGCGCCCGGCCACCGAUGCCGAGGAUUCCGCAGCAGCCUUUGUCGGCUUCCGCACGGCCGGCUCAGGCGCUGCCAUCCCGCUCCAGGCAAAGUCGCUUGCCGCCGCGGAAAAACUCCUCGGCGAGGUUGAGCAGUCCACGGCAUCGAUGUUGUCGCAAACGCGGCCGGCCCAAGAGCAGGAGGAUGUCGCGGCCAAGGUGCCUGACACGCUUGCCGAAAGUGACCCCGGCUUCCAGGGCUUCAAAACUGCCGGCAGUGGCAAAUCGAUUGCCAUCUCCGAGGCAUCGAUGUUGAAGGCACGCGGAAUUGUCCGCGACGUGGAGAAGGAUCUGGCUGUGGCUGCCCCCUCGGGCGAGGGGACAGCGGGGACUCCGCCCCCGGGGCCCGGCCCCAUGGCCCCGGAGGCGCCGGCGGAAUUUGUGGGGUUCCGGCUGGCCGGGACCGGUGGCACGGUUCGCCUCUCGGCAGCGGCCCUGGCCCAGGCUGAGAAGUUGAUUGGCUCGAUCGCCAGCAGCCCGGAGCUGCCUGUCGGGCCGGGGGAGCCGGCCGCGGGGGCAGCGCCACCGGCGGCGCCUCCCGCCAGCAGCGCCCCGCGUCGUGUGGGCCUCGGCGCCAGCCGGCCCGCCCUUGGACCACGCUUCCGAUCGGGGGCGCCCUCUCAGCGCCCUUUCAAGCCGCCGACCCGGGUGCCGGCGCACGCGCCGAGUCAGACCAAUGCCGGGGAAUGACGUUUCCGAUGAGGCCCCCCCCCCUGCUGCAGCCAAUACAUUUAUCCUAUCGUAUACCAA